GGGGGGAUUGGCUCCGGCUGGAGGAGGAAAAGUCGAGGGGACUGUGGGAGUCCCUGAGCGCGCAGUUCGGGAGGUGAGGUCAGGCGUUUCCCCUUUGGCUGGCCCCAGUGUCGAGUGUUUUUUUCCCUCCCUCUGCGAACACCGUGAGGUUUAUUACUGUUUUAUCAGAGGGGAUAUUAAACGUCCGGGUGGAUGCACACGUACUCGGUGCGCUGAGCAAAACACGCACAGUGGUUUAUCUAGGAAAAGAGUGAUGGUGGACAAUUCCAGUAGCAGCAAAGCGCAAGUGCCCAGCUUGUCUCAAGACAGCAGUCUGGCUAGUGCAUUUUCCCAGGCUGCUUUCGGAAGUGCGGCUGGUGUCAAACUGGAGGCAGUUAUGGAGCAGCUCCAGAGACAACAACAAGCUAAACUGGAGAUGGAGCGCAAGGAGAGACAAUUCAGGGAAGCCCACAUUCUCUACGCCCAACAGCUGGCUGCACAGCAAGCCAUCAUGGCCUCCGCUAGGGCCCAGGGCACCCCAUUAACCCCUGAUUUUUACAGCAAAAACUCUAGAGACAGCGCGCUGAAAGGCGGCCAGGGGCCUCCAGCUGCCAGGGGGCCCAUGAAAACCAGCUCUGACCUAGUACACGAAGAGGACGCCACUGAUGAGAUGGACAGGGGAAGAGGCUCCGAGGGGGACGAGGGGGACGAAGAUGACGAUGAUGAGAUGAUGAUGGAUGGAGAAGACGGCAGUGAAGAAGAGGAAAGCGAAGGCUUGGAGUUCCUCAGGAGGCAAAGCCUUGCUCUUCAGCAAGCGGCUGUUGGAGUCCCUCCAUAUCCGUACGCCGUCUACGCCGCCUCGCCCUCCGCUGCUAAAAAACGUGCCCUGUCACCAACCACUAAGGUGAAAGAUGAACCCGAAGACUCCCUCAAUGACCAACAAUCGUUCAACACACCAAACGGACUGGGUGAUUGGAGCCUCGAUGACUCAUUCAAACAGAAUGGAAAUUCAAGUUGGAAUGAGGAAGGCGAUGGUGGGAGAAGCCGAGGAGAGGCCUCCAGAGACUUUGCCAAGCUUUAUGAACUGGACAACGACCCAAAACGGAAGGAAUUCCUCGACGACCUCUUUGCGUACAUGCAGAAACGAGGUACACCUGUGAAUCGAAUCCCCAUCAUGGCCAAGCAGGUGUUGGAUCUGUACAUGCUGUAUAAACUGGUGACUGAGAAGGGAGGUCUGGUGGAGGUGAUAAACAAGAAGAUCUGGAGAGAGAUCACCAAAGGCCUGAACCUGCCCACCUCCAUCACCAGUGCCGCCUUCACCCUCCGCACACAGUAUAUGAAGUACCUGUAUCCAUACGAGUGCGAGAAGAAGGGUCUGAGUUCCCCUGGAGAGCUGCAGGCGGCCAUCGACAGUAACCGCAGGGAGGGCCGUCGCCCCGGGUACAGCAACAGCCUGUACCGCUUUUCCCCUUCUCCCAGUGCCUCAGCCCCUCACCUCCUCUCUCCUCUCAAAAUGCACCUGCCCGCCACGGGACACAACGGACUGCAGGCCACCCCCAGUCCUGCCCUGAAGAAAGCCACAGUCCCAGAGGACGGUCCAGCCUCCAUGUUGCCCGGUCGUCUGCCCCUGGCGCUGGCUCUCGGGCAUCAGCAGCAGCAGCUGGCACGCGCCGCCACACUGGAGCAGCUGAGGGAGAGGCUGGAGACCGGCAUGGGUGUCGGAGUGGUGAGCGCGGGACCCGCCGCGGUGGAGGGGCCCGAGAGGAAGAUGGCCCGUAUGGCAGAGGAACAGCAGAGGCUACUGCAGCAGGCUUUCCAACAAAACCUGCUGGCCAUGGCGUCACAGGUGAACCCAGCCCACCUGCGGAUGAACAACACCAGCACCCGCGAGGACAAGCAGGACCUGUCUCUCAGCAUUUCAUCUAAUGGCUCUGCUAGCAUUACUGUGUCUGUGGAGGUCAACGGGGUUAUUUACUCAGGAUCCUUAUAUGCCCAGAAGUCUGUAGCUGCUCCCACCGCUGUCACAGCCAUGUUCCCAGGCCAGACCUCCACCCUCAGUCCCGGUAUCCCCUCUUCCUCCUCCUCUUCCUCCUCAAAGGGUCCUGACUCUGUGGAGCCGGCCACAGGAGGGUCACCCUAACCGUCACCAGCUCCCUGUACCAAACAGCCCGUCAGUCCACCCUAAACUAGUCUUUCCUCUGGAGCGGCACGAGUCGCUCUGCCCUCUAGAGGCGGUCUAGCAAAUCACAGUCUGCCUCCUGCACAAGCUCGCAGCUGUGUUUUCCUUCCAGUGAAGGGAGGACCACACACAUACACUUUUACAAACUCAUCAGCUGUUAAAGCUCAUCACGGACCCCACCUGCUCUUUUCCUCAAGAUGUUUUCUCAGGACUGAGAAGGUUUUUAGACAUGUUUGAUUCAACAGAAUACCUCAGCGUACACACUUUGGUGAUCGCGUAAUUAUGCCUUUCCACACCCAUAGUCAUUCUCUCACAAAGAUCUGCAAAGCAAUCAUGGCAUGAUCAAAUCUACUUCUGCCAAAGUCACAUCUGUGAGGUUGUGCUUGACACUUUCUUUUUUGCUGUCUAUCAAUUCUCUUAUUUAAAGUUUGCUGAAUUUACCUCAUCUGCAGUGAAUUUAAAAGACUCAGGAUCGAUUAUGAUACUGCUGUGUUGUUGUUUUUUGUCUAAUUUGAUGGAUUUUAAAAGCAGGCUACAAUCCCCAUCUAGUGUUGCAAAGUUGUUUCAGUAAGAAAAGGGGUCACAUAUAUUUUUUCUUUUUUUAAAAUGUAUUUACUUGAUUUUAUUGUUUCCUAUUUCCGUUGUUUUUUUUUUUUAGCUUCUAGAUAAAGAAAUAUUAAUAUGAUUUGAAAAAGAGUUUUGAGUUUGAUUGCAUUGUACACUGUAAAAAGUGAUCAGUUGACUCA